AUGAUCAGUGCACUGAAAUGGGAGCAAGAGAAUAUCGGAGCUUUUGGAGGAAACAAGGAUCGAGUGACUGUAUUUGGUGAAUCGGCAGGCGCGAUUGGGAUUGGGACUCUCCUUGUUGCUGGAGGCGGACAAUUUGUGAAACAGCACAAUCUAUUCCAUGGUGCCAUCAUGGAGAGCGGAGCUCCAGCAAGUCUCACUAUUCCCACUGUAUCCGAUCUCCUACCCUCGAUAGAUAUCUUUGCCACAGUAGCAGGCUGUCUUCCAGGCUCCAGUUCCUCGAUGAUAUCAUGCCUUCGUUCAAAACCUUCUGAAUCACUUUACCAAGCAUCACUCGUAACAUUAAAUGCAAGCGACGCGCUCCCUUUCAACCGAGUUGUGGAUGGGUUCUUUUUCAAGAAGGGGGAACGUGCCGCAGGAGAGGUGAGAAGGGGUAACGUGGCAACUGUGCCUAUCAUCACGGGAUGCAAUCUCGACGAAGGGACGUUCUUCGUACCCCACACAUUCAAUAGGGACGUUCACGGCACUCACAACUCGGGCAAAACUACUGUACUAACACGACCAACAACCGGUCACGCGUCACACGAAGGUCUUGGAUUGAAUUAA